AGGCCACUGUUAUAACAUUUUUCUUUCCUGUGUGAAACAUGCUGGCUAUUCAGCAUGUCAAUGUUAAGUUCAAGAAAUAAAAAGCCUAUAGCUCAGCUUUUUCUCAUAUCUGCUAAGCAUUCAUUCAUGUCUUUUAACAGUCAUUUGUAUUCUUUGUUGAAUAAUUUUUCUUUAGAGGCGCAUCCCGAGGUUUUACGAAUGGGGGGCUUAGCCCCAAGGUGAUGCACAGGAUGUGAGCAAAUGUAGUGCGCGAGCACAAAAUUUCCCAAACAGCUAACGAAGACUGAGAAAUUGCUUUUUAAUAUUUUUGGGCAGAUUUUAAAAGAAUACUGUACUGGGUAAAAGUUCAGUCACUGCGAGACUUGUACUGUUUUUUUUCAGUCUGUAUUUGAAUGCAAUACAUAAACACAGGAAGUAUGUUUACAGCAUUAGCCACAAAAAUAAGUACACAUUGGUACAGUAUAUGCAAGGUUUUAUGCAAAAAAACAUCACAGUCAGCCAAGCCCAUUAUUUUCAAUUAACAAGAAAAAAAUGCAAAGAAUAAUUUCCCUUCAAGGAGUUAAGAAUGUAAUUAAAAUCAAAGUAACAGCUGGAAUCGUCAGCUACUUGGUGGGGGGGAAGCAUCAACGAAUGCCAUCUGAAUUUAAGGGUGGCAAAUCACUCCGCUGUGACUCAGAUGCUAAAGCUGAUGCAGAUGCCGUCAACAGCUAGCUUCUCUCAUUCCAUGUCAAACAGAGAACAGUGGUGCUGUCUCUGACCACCUGAAAGGUUUCCUCGAUAGGAAAAAAAUCAGCUAACUCCUACCGAACAACAUGAGCAGUGAGCUAUGAUUCAAUGCAAUAAAAAUGAGGAAUGAUAAUGGGAAUAGUGUGUUGCUAUUAAGUGGUCGAAGUUAACGAAUGUUCCGCGUAUCCUGGUUUAAGCCAAGUACAACCCCAAUUCCAAUGAAGUUGGGACAUUGUGUUAAACAUAAAUAAAAACAGAAUACAAUGAUUUGUAAAUCAUGUUCAACCUAUAUUUAAUUGAAUACACAACAAAGACAAGAUAUUAUGUUCAAAUUGAUAAAAUAGAUUUUUUUAGCAAAUAAUCAUGAACUUCGAAUUUGAUGUGUUGCAGACAUUCCAAAAAAGCUGGGACAGUUUGGCAAAAAAAGACUGAGAAAGUUGAGGAUUGCUCAUCAAACACCUGUUUGGAACAUCCCACAGGUGAACAGGCUCAUUGGGAACAGGUGGGUGCCACGAUUGGGGAGAAAAGGAACUUCCCUGAAUUGCUCAGUCAUUCACAAGCAAAGACGGGGCGAGGUUCACCUCUUUGUGAACAAGUGCGUGAGAAAAUAGUCCAACAGUUUAAGGACAAUGUUCCUCAACGUACAAUUGCAAGGAAUUUAGGGAUUUCAUCAUCUACGGUCCAUAAUAUCAUCAAAAGGUUCAGAGAAUCUGGAGUAAUCACUGCAUGUAAGAAAACCAACAUUGAAUGCCCAUGAUCCUCGAUCCCUCAGGCGGCACUGCAUCAAAAACCGACAUUGAUGUGUAAAUGAUAUCACCGCAUGGGCUCAGGAACACUUCAGAAAACCAAUGUCAGUAAAUACAGUUCGGUGUGACAUCCGUAAGUGCAACUUGAAACUCUACUAUGCAAAGCAAAAGCCAUUUAUCAACAACACUCAGAAACGCCGCCGGCUUCUCUGGGCCCGAACUCAUUGAAGAUGGACCGAUGCAAAGGGGAAAAGUGUUCUGUGGUCCGACGAGUCCACAUUUCAAAUAUUUUGGAAAAUUGUGGAUGUCGUGUCCUCCGGGCCAAAGAAGAGAUGAACCAUCCGGGCUGUUACGGAUGCAAAGUUCAAAAGCCAGCAUCUGUGAUGGUAUGGGGCUGUGUUGGUGCCAAUGGCAUGGGUAACUUACGCAUCUGUGAAGGCACCAUUAAUGCUGAAAGGUACAUACAGGUUUUGGAGAAACAUAUGCUGCCAUCCAAGCAACGUCUUUUUCAUGGACACCCCUGCUUAUUUCAGCAAGACAAUGCCAAACCGCAUUGUGCACGUGUUACAACAGCGUGGCUUUGUAGUAAAAGAAAGAGCGACAAGGGGGGGUGCUGUAUUUUUUUCUUGUUAGUGUUGUUUCAACCAACUGUUGUAUGGUAACGACAUUUUCUAUCUUGUUUACAAAGAGCACACAGUAAAAAACAGUCAAAUUUUAGGAUGUGCUGGGAUUCAAUUUCGGGCUGCUUCAGCCGCCCCCACCUCAAAAAAAAGUGCUACAGUGUAGGAAAAAAAGUCAUUUGUACAGAGGUGGCUGCGAGAUGUUUAACUGCUGCUGCAUCAUCCAUCCAUCCAUUUUCUGAUCCUCACUAGGGUCGCAGGGCAAGUCGCACUCACAUUCACACCGACGGUCAAAUUUGAGUUUUCAAUGAACCUACCCUGCAUGUUUUUGGGAUGCGGGAGGAAACCGGAGUACCCGGAGAAAAGCCACGCAGCCACGGGGAGAACAUGCACAACUCCACACAGGCGAGUCCGGAUUUGAACCCGCAACCUCAGAACUGUGAGGCGGAUGUGCUAACCAGUCGUCCACCGUGCAGCCCUGCUGCGUCAUAUGAUUAUUACGAUUACUAUUAUUAUUCAGUCGCAGUCAUUACUACAUGUAGGCUAACCAGCAUCUUGUUGUGUUUGUUGUACAUCGGCCAUCCACGAAGAGACGGCUUCCAAAGUCAUCUUGUAUGUUGUUCCUUUGGACCGCGUGUACAGAAGCGUUGAAACAUCAAACAUACUGUAUUUGUAAAGUAUGAAAAGCAAACAAACAGUGCAGUAGGUAUAUUUACUGUAGCUUUAAGCUUGUUUGUGAGGAAGGCCGGGCAGUCCUGUGCGUGUGUGCGCGCGCCUGUUUGUGUGCGUGUGUCUGUCUGCAGAUGUUGUUUCAGCAGAGAUGCUCUACUUCCUGCUCGUGUCAUGUGCUUGGCCUUUGCCGGACGCCACUUCCUGCCAUUCUCCUGCGCAGCAAGGCAGCGUGGGUAGUGACAACAUCAGUCCAGCAGUCGGUCUAGAACACUUCCCGUUAUCUCCUCCACAAAAAGGGAUGGAUCCGCUUAACUCCACCCAUUUCCCCGGCAACCAAUCAGACGUGAGCAGCGUGUUCACACGACAGGUGCUCCCGUCGCUCUACUUCGUCAUCUGCGCGGUGGGCGUGCCCCUCAACGGCGUGGCCGCCUGGAUCUUCUUCCGGGUGCCCGGCGACUCCGCCCUGGUGGUGUACCUGAAGAACGUGGUGGUGGCCGACCUCCUGAUGCUGGCCACCUUCCCCUUCCGGGUGGCGCUGCAGCUGGGGCUGGGCGGGUGGCGCCUGCGGGCGGUCACGUGCCGCUACACGUCGGUGCUCUUCUACUCGUCCAUGUACGUGGGCAUCCUCUUCAUGGGCCUCAUCAGCCUGGAGCGCUACGUCAAGAUCGUGCGUCACGCCGGCUCGGGCGGGUCCGCGUGGGCCCGGCUCCUGCGGGACGCGGGUGCGGCCCGGAUCCUGGCGCUGCUCGCCUGGAGCCUCCUCAUCGCGUGCGCGCUACCCAACGCCGUGCUGACCAGCCGGCCGGCCGACGAGGAGACGUCCCGCCACUGCGUUAGGCUGAAGAGCCCGCUGGGGGUCCGCUGGCACCGGGGCUCCACCUUCUUCAGCGUGGGCCUGUUCUGGCUCACCCUGCUGGUUCUGGCUUUCUGUUACUCCUCCAUCACGCGCCGCAUCUACCGCUCGUACCGCCGCGUCAACCGCGACGGCAACGACGUGCGGCGCAAGUCCAACCGCAGCAUCUUCUGCAUCCUGGCCGUCUUCUUCGUCUGCUUCGUGCCCUACCACGUCUGCCGCGUGCCCUACACGCUCAGCCAGAUGCCGGCGUCGGGUUUCGGCCGGGCCUCGCGCUUCCUGCUCUUCCAGGCCAAGGAGGCCACGCUCUUCCUGUCCGCCGUCAACGUCUGCCUGGACCCCGUCAUCUACUUCCUCAUGUGCCAGAAGUUCAGAGAGUCUCUGCUCGGCAAGAUCUCGGGAGGGGACGGGGCCGCCUCCCUCGCCGCCGCGCCGAGUCUCAGCAACAUUUAGGAGCGCCCUCGGCCGGGGAACGUCUCGGGGAGCUCGGGAGACGAGAGAGGAAGCCGGGGCGGAAGGGAACAUGAGAGGAACAUGAGAGGGACCGAGGAGAUGAGGGGACACGAGAGGAAGCCAGGAACUCGGGCGACAUGAGAGGGACUGAGGAGGUGAGGAGGCAUGGGAGGAAGUCAGGAGAUAAGGGAACCUGAGAGGGCCUGAGAGGAUGAGGGGACGCAAAAAGAAAUGAGGAGAUAAGGGGACAUGCGAGGAAGUAAGGACGUAAGAGGGACUGAGGAGAUGAGGAAGAAGGAGAGGGAACAAGGAGAUGAGGGAACAUCAUAGGAAGUGAGGACAGCAGAUGAGCUAACACGAGAGGAGACAAGAGGAUGCGAGGAAAUGAGGAGACAUCAGAGGAACGCAGGACAUGAAGAAGCAUGUCAAGGAAGCUAGGAGAUGAGGGAACAGGAGAGGUUUUGUGUCAUCGCUCUCGUUUGUGUUUGGAAGCGCAAAUAAACCGUUUGAAGCAUUUGAAAACAAAGCCCAAAUCAUCUCUUUUGUGCUUCAUCCCGAAUGGCACUCCUCGACUAUUCCACAUGUCUUCAUAAGAUCGACAACUCGAGGCCCCGGGGCCAAAU